AUGGCGAUAACAUGUGAUUGCCCGAUGAUGCAGCCGGGCCCGACGCUGGCAUCCACCUGCGGAGGAGGCGCCUUCAUGCUGUUCAUGGGACUGCUCGAAGUGUUCCUCAGGAGUCAGUGCGAUCUUGAAGACCCGUGUGGAAGAGCUCAGUACCGUCGCCAUAUGGACUCGGUGUACGACUUCAUAGUUGUGGGAGGAGGGUCGGCAGGCUCCGUGGUGGCUGCAAGACUGUCUGAGGUGCCGGAGUGGAGAGUAUUACUGCUGGAAGCUGGGUUUGACGAGCCGACCGGUGCGCAAGUGCCGUCAAUGUUCCUGAAUUUCAUCGGGUCGAGCAUCGACUGGGGCUACCAGACGGAGCCCGAGCCAGCUGCUUGUCUGGGAGAAACUGAUCGCAAGUGCUACUGGCCUCGCGGAAAGGUCCUCGGCGGUACUUCAGUCAUGAACGGCAUGAUGUACAUGCGCGGCUCCCGUAAGGACUACGACAGCUGGGCGGCAGCCGGUAAUGAAGGCUGGUCCUAUGAAGAAGUACUGCCUUACUUCUUGAAGUCGGAAGACAAUAAGCAGGUGAAGGACAUGGACCAGGGGUACCACGCCACUGGAGGACCCCUCACAGUCGCUCAGUUCCCAUACCAUCCACCUCUAAGUUACAGUUUGGUGAAAGCCGGAGAAGAAUUGGGUUACAAACAACGUGAUCUGAACGGCAUCCACCACACUGGCUUCUCAAUCGCUCAAACCACCAACCGCAAUGGCUCUCGGCUGAGUGUAGCCCGCGCCUUCCUGCGGCCAGCCAAGAACCGCCCCAACCUUCACGUCAUGCUGAACGCCACCGUCACCAGGGUGCUCAUCAACCAGACCACUAGGCAGGCGUACGCUGUCGAAGUCAGGAACAGCUUUGGUGGCACUGAAGUUAUUUUUGCUAACAAUGAGAUUGUUUUAAGUGCUGGUGCAGUAGCCUCUCCUCAAAUCCUGCAGAUGAGCGGUGUGGGUGACCCACAAGUACUGUCCCGAGCUGGCGUGAAGCUGGUACACAACCUGCCCGGCGUGGGCCGCAACCUGCACAACCACGUGGCACACUUCCUGAACUUCCAAGUCAACGACAACAACACCACUCCCCUUAACUGGGCCACCGCUAUGGAGUACCUGCUCUUCAGAGAUGGGCUUAUGUCAGGAACAGGAAUUUCCGAAGUAACUGCCUUCAUCAACACCAAGUACUCCGACCCUGCUGAGGACAACCCUGACAUCCAGCUGUUCUUUGGUGGUUUUCUGGCUGACUGCGCCAAAACUGGCAUGGUUGGGGAGAGGCUGGACAACGGUUCCAGGAGUAUUCAGAUCAUACCCACGGUACUACAUCCUAAGAGCAGGGGACGGUUGGAGAUCAGAUCUGCUGAUCCGUUUGAAUAUCCCAAGAUUUAUGCCAAUUACCUAACUCACCCAGAUGACGUGAAAACCUUAGUGGAAGGUAUCAAGUUCGCCCUCAAAUUAUCUGAAACUAAAGCCCUGAAGAGGUAUGGAGUGAAACUGGACAAGACUCCAGUGAAAGGCUGCGAGAAGUUCAAGUUCGGUUGUGACGCGUACUGGGAGUGUGCUGUGAGGAUGCAGACCGCUCCUGAGAAUCACCAGGCUGGCUCCUGCAAGAUGGGACCGAGAGGAGACCCUUCUGCUGUCGUUGAUAACUUGCUGCAGGUUCAAGGCAUAGACAGGUUACGAGUGGCGGACGCGAGUAUAAUGCCGGCCGUGACGUCAGGCAACACCAACGCACCCGCCAUCAUGAUUGGAGAACGAGUCUCCGACUUCAUCAAGCAGCGCUGGUUAGGAAUAACCAAUGCCCCGUACCCAGUCCCGCACGGCGGGCUGUCCAACGUGCUGCAGGCCAGCGACUCCCAGCCACAGCUCGCGUGGCAGCGGUGGGUGUGA